CCAGCCCUUGUUUGGAUGGAGAUCAGCUGGGACAAUAACAAUAACAGUAACGGCGGGCGACUGUGGCAAGCGAAGACGUUUUGUGGGAAGCUGAUGUGAGCUACAAAUCUGUGUACGGAUGCUAAUUUGACGGAUGCCAAUUUUUGGGUGCUUUAUUGUUACAUUUAUGUGGGACAGCUUCUUCCUGUAUUGCCCCAACAAACCGAGGGGGUUGGUGGCUAAUAACUUUGCUAGCUUGAGCUAACAUAUCUUACUGUAUAUUCUCACAUUGAACGCCAUUAUUGAACACCUGGACGUACUCUUAAUUUAAUAUAAAGAAUGCCUUUGAGUGACAGCGGAUGUUAUGUUUUAUUAACGUCGCGCCACCGCGACUGCUACUACUCCUGAAAAAGUGCUGCAAAGUUUAACGCGUCAUCUCGUUGAACUCACUGCCUUGCACGGUGGUUUGAAUCUUGCUUGCUGGACAUAAAAUGGCGAUCUUAUCGGCGUGUUUGUGCACUUUUGUGUCGUUCGUCCUUACAGCUAGCUAAGUUAGCAUGCUUGCUGAUGGGGCCUGGUCCCAUGCUGACAAGCACAGGUCAAAACAAAAGGUUAGCAUGCUAGCAGGCUAACCAUCCUAGGCCUGUUUGCUACUCAUUUUUUAUUUGUGUUUAAACACAUAGUAAGCUGUCGAGUUGAUGUGGAUUUAGCGUUAUUGUUGUUAAAAUAGCCCCGUUUGGCAUAACAUCCCGUCUUGCUGGAGUUGUGCAGCACUUCUCUUGCAAUCAGGACCCCCUCAUAACACAGUGACAUAUACUCAUGAGGACAUCACAUGGUGUUUCCACUGUGGCCUCCAAUUCACUGAUAAGAAGACGUUUUAAGUGGAUCAAUCUACAUCUUGUGACAUAGCAGACUUGCGUAGAGAACCCCUUGCCAUGUCAGAGACUCUGUUAACAGGCCACACGUCAGAGGAUCUCUUGGCCGACUUUGAGACUUUGCUCAACUCUGGAAGCCUCGGCCAGGACCACCAGAUUGUCAUCAUCACCAGCCCCGGUGAUGGGUCGGGACUCCACCCAGACACCGCCCCCUCCAGCACGGGGGAAGUCCUGCUCUUUGCGACCCCGCAGGGCCCUGCCGACGUGGCCUUCCAGGACAAGAGACGACCGGCUCUGGGAAGACCACCGGUAAAGAGGAAGUUAGACCUGGAUAGCGACCAUCAGUAUGUUAGCACAAGUCGACCAUCUUCAGGGCACGCGCCGCCAUCCACGCCUGCCCCUCCCAGAGUUCCUAGAACCACGACGGAGAAGUCUCGCUAUGACACCUCCUUGAACUUGACCACCAAGCGCUUCCUGGACCUCCUGUCCCAGUCGGCCGACGGAGUGGUGGAUCUGAACUGGGCCUCGCAGGUGCUGGAUGUCCAGAAGCGGCGCAUCUACGACAUCACCAAUGUUCUGGAGGGCAUUCAGCUAAUUUCCAAAAAGUCGAAGAACCACAUCCAGUGGCUUGGCAACCGAAUCGACGGGGAAUCCGUGGCACGCCAUCAAAAGCUGCAGAGGGAGGUGUGCGACCUCACGGCAGCGGAAGAGCAGCUGGACAAGCUCAUCUCCAAAUGCAACCUCCAGUUACGACUGCUCACUGAGGAACCUCAGAACAAGAGGCUGGGCUACGUGCGCUGCCAAGACUUAAGGAAAUCGUUCGAUUCCCCAGACCAACUAGUCAUGGUAAUCAGAGCUCCACCAGAGACCCAGAUGCAAGUGUCAGACCCCAGCGAGGGCUACCAGGUGUCGCUAAAGAGCAUGCGAGGUCCCAUUGAUGUCUUCCUCUGCCCGGACGACAGCUCCGGCGUCUGCAGCCCCGUGACAGGAAGUAGUCCAGCAAAAACCGACUCCUACCCGGUGCCGCACCAGAAGGAUACACAACCCAGCGACACAGCAUCACCUGGCAAAGACAGAAGCGCCGCAGCAGCCUUGGAGGUGGCUUUGUCCUCACCUGUGUCCACGUCAUCCACAGUGACAGCAGCCUCUCAGCCGGACGCCUCGACACUGACAUUAGCUGCUGACACAGAAUCCCUUAUGGGGGGUGAUCCGUUCUCAGGCCUAGGGGAUAUGGCCGACUUCGACUUCUCCCCUCUCUCCUCCUCCACGGACUUCCUCAAUGGUGAGGGCCUCACCCUCCCAUUGGACAGCUUCAUCAACUUGUCUCCGCCUCACAGUCACGACUACCACUUUGGCCUGGAAGAUGACACGGGCAUCAGUGAACUGUUCAACUGCGACUUCGGUGACCUGUCGCAAGUUUUGGGGGAAAGCUAAGACGGAGAAAAGGUGUUUGCCGACCAAACCACGUCUAAAUCACUGGAAUCCCGAAAGACUGGAUCUCGGUAAGAAGAAACCAGCAAGGCCACGGACCAGGUUUGGUGCAACGUUCUCAAAAGGUUCCAGGUAUGUUUUUUUUUGUGUUAUGGGACGCUAGCAGGUAAAAAUAAAAUAAAAGAAUUGUGGGGUAUCGGUAUGUUGUGUUUUCCCAGUCUCAGGGGUGCCAGUUUUUUUUUUUCUGGUUUAGCGAUCAUUUGCCUUUUAACAAAUCCGAGUUAUGAUCGGAUUGGGUGGAUAGAUCCAGAAGGUACUUGGUUCCACAAAGAGCCUUUGAAGUGCAAAGUAACUGUGCGUCAUUCUUAUAAGGACUGGAUGAGAAAAGGUUUUCGAGAAUGUUCCUGUUCCUGCUCAGUGCACUUAAACAUGUUGGCUUUUUAAAUGCAGAGUUCUUGAACUUUGUCAACACAAUCAUUUUCAAAAGUACAUCAUGUAUUGCCAUAACAAAUACGUAACAUGACGUAUACUUUAGAUAAACUAGAAAUUGUGUGCCUAUUUGAUGAUCAACAAACUAGCUUACAGCAUUUUACUCCUGACUUCCAACCCAUUUUGGGUCCCAACCCUCAGUUUGUAAACCUCUGCUUUUAAAUUGCAUACAAAAUUUGCUCAAAAACUUAUUUUUCUGCCUAUUGUUGCAUUGUUUCUUAUAGCUACCAAUUUCUAAGUUAUGUUGUUUUUUUUGUUCCCUUUUUGUGUUUGUGUGUUGCAAAUAUGUUUGCUGUGUUUAAUUUCGUAUUUAUUAUGAUUUUGAUGGGAUUGUAGAGAAAUGGUGCAAGUCUUACUAGCAGGAAAAUGGCUUGUCAUACUUUUUUUUUUUUUUUUUUUUUUUGGUAGACCCAGCUCAAAAAAUGAUUCCCUGUUGACAAAGUGUUGCUUAAUGUUAGCGUAUUUAAUUUUGUGCUUUAUGUUUGUAAAUUUUGACUCUUGUCACUUGCAUCACUUUAUUAUUUGAUAUGUAUUUUUAUUUGCAUCAGCAUUGUAGAUUUACAGUACAUUAAGGGUGCCUCCUUAACAAUACUGUAAAAUGCAGGGGGUUUUUUUGUUUUUUUUUAAUCUCGCCAUAAGUGUAACUCUUGCUAUAUAAUGAAGUGUACUCAUACGUAAGUCCAAACCGGGUGUGGAGCCACCAGGGAUUGAUCCAAAUCACUGUUUUUGUAUUUUUAGGAUUUUUGUGCGCAGACCACGAGCCACAGUUUUAUUCAGAUUACCUUCAUAUUUGGUGUGCUUAUAAUAGCGCUUGUGUUCUUAACAUGGUCCAAAAAUCACGUUUCCAUUUUCAAUUUUGACAGUUUUAUGACCCUCUUUUGUGAGCGCGAGUGUAGAAGGAGGUGCAGUUGACCGACUAUGCCACUUGGUAGCACUACCACAGCAGACCUGCCAACAUGUACAAGUUUUUCUUACACAGCACACAUUUUGACCUGAGAGUACACUUGUACACUUUGCUGCUGUCAUUUACAGAUUUUGCUGGUUUCAGUUUACUUGUUGAGGGAUAAAAUAUGCUACUGCGUCACAGUGCUGGUGAAAGAGACGCAGAGUAGCUCCUCCCCCUCCAAACCCUCCACAUCGUGCACCUGCAAAAAAAAAAAAAAAUCUUCAGCUGCAGUGACCUUGACUGCUUGUAGUACAUUUGCUGUGUGUAUACAACUUGUUCAGAGGACGUACAGCACACCUCAAUAAAACAAAACGUGAUUUAAAAAAAAAAACAAAAAGCAUAAUGAAAUGCUGAUAUGAACACGCCCCACAAUCAUUGAUUUUUAUUAUUUUUUAACUACUAGUACUCAGGGAGUACUAGUAAAAUUUCUUAAAGGUUGGCAGGUCUGCUCUUAAAUGCGCUUAGUCUACUUGUUAUGCAUCUAAUACGGAAGUGUAAUUAGUGUGUAGUUUAGACAGUUUUUUAGCUGUAGUUUGACAGCAUGAUGAUUUGGUUCCAACCCUGGUUCAAAGUGCUUUGAAGGGAAUACAUCCAUUAAAAAAAUAAUCACAUCCUGAAAUGCAUGUCCAAAUUAUUAGUUAUAUAUUUUUUUCAUGUUUUAUUUUUGUCAUUAGUUGGUUAAAAAAAAGUACUUAUGAGUUCUAGACUAUUUUUUUUUUCCC